AGCACAGCGUUACAGGCCUCCAUCACUGUGCUUAGGCCUUUUUGGUGAUGAUGGUUCUCUUGUUAUUGUUUACAUUUUUGAGACAAAGGUUAUGUGUUUUUCAGUGAUUUUCUCCAACUGUCAGAGCUUCAUUAUAUAAAAUUACAUCGUAAUGGAUUAUAAAUCAGACGAUGAAAAAAUAAAAAUCGAUAAAAUGGAAGAAAAUACAAAAAUUGAGGAAACAAUUGUUGAAGAGGGAAAAGUGGAAGCAACAAAAAAUGAUGAUUAUAAUAAUCCAAAUAGUGAGAAUCAGUCAAAGGAUGAUAAUUCUUUUCCAGUUCCAGUUUCAUCUUCUUCAACGAAUACAGAAAUUAAAAUUGCCACCGAUGCAAAAGUGUCGAAUGUAAAAAUUGUUCGUGGCACAAAAAGAAUGAGAAUCGAUUCGGCAGAUGCAAAUUUUAGCGAUAAGAAAGAAACAAAGGAAGACGACAGUGAAGCAAAAAUAAUGCGAUCAUUGAAGAGAUCUUGUGAAUUAUGGUCAUUGGAGGAUAAAAAUACAUUUUUCAAAGCGCUCAAUGAAUAUGGCAAGGAUUUUGAUGCACUUCAAAGUUAUUUUUUAAUUCAGGGAAAGAAAAAAGGACUCGCUGAGAAUAUGAUUAAAAAUAAGGAGCAAAUUCGUCAUUUUUAUUGUCGCACGUGGCUAAAAAUAUCGAAACGUUUAAAAUUUUCCGAAGAUGUAAAAAAAACGACUCAAGAACUUUAUGGGCUUAUUAAUUAUGGCGAAUUGAGAAGAAAAUUACCACGAAUGCACGAUAAAGUUCACAUGAAAUUAAACGAAUUAGUUUAUUGGGGUUCAACGCAAGUCAGAUUAAGGGGCAAAACAAUGAGGAUAAAGACUCCAAUUUGUCGAGCUUUGAGAAAAUUAAACCAACUCGAGGAUUGGCAGGAAGAUAUAAAACUCCCACCACGUGUGACAAUAGAAUUACGACCGGGAAAUAAUAUUGCUUGGUGGAAAGUUCAAGCCUCGGCAAUGAAUCCACGAGUUCGAACAUUGGUUCCAAUUCAACGACGUCUUUCCAGUAUUUUAACGUAUUUACAACAACGUUGGCGACCGCCAAAAUAUAGAACUACGGCAACCGACGAGAAUCCAAUUGACGAAUCAAAAGAAUCAAUUCUCCUUCGUGUAUCACCGCCUGAAGGAAGUAAAAUUGCCCUUCCAGUUAUAAAUCUCGGUGAAUAUUUAACAAGUAAUAGUGUCAGUUUUGAUUCAUAUGAAAAACGAAUUGGUUUAAAAAGUUCUAAAGUCGAAUUAUUGGGAUCGAUGCAAUAUAUAAAAGGUGGUGUGGGACGUAAAGGAAUGAAAAAAUUGAAAGGCGAUAAAAAAUUGACAAAAAUUUGCGACGAUCAUUAUCAUGGUAUUGAUAAUAAUAGUGAUCUUGAUUUACCCGAUAUUGGAACAACAACUGUUCCUAAUGAAAAACCAUUGACAAAUGAUAUUAAAACAACAAUUGAACAAACAACUGAACCAAAUCGAUUUCCCGGUAGGGAGACAAUUGAUAGAAUUCGAAUGGGAUGGAAUAUUGAGGAGGCAAAUACAAUUACUGUUGGCGAUCUUUUUCUAAUGUUUGGAAGAGAAUCGAAAGUAACAUUGGAAUAUUGGUGGAAAUCAACAUCAAUGGAUCCUCCUUCUUUGUCAAUUGGUAAAACAAAAUCAAUUGGUACACCACGAGAUGAUAAUGUGAGUUGGAUGCUGCAAAAAUUGCUCUCGAUCGCGAAGCAAAGCUACGGACCGAGCAAAGGCUAUGAGCACACCUGGGGCAGUAGCGAAACUGUUAUUUCAUCUCGUGUUCCCUCAACGAAAGAAUCAACAUUCAGACAACCGUUUAUUCCUCAAACGUAUCACGAACUUGGUACACCCGAUGCAUUCAAAACUCAAUUAGAUAAAUUUAAAAUGAGAUUUCACAAGAGAGGCAGAACAAUUAGACAAAGAAAUUUAAUUGUCCAACGAGUUGUUCCGGUAGCAAGUCCAGAAGUCUGUAAUGAAAUGCCAAAUUCUCUUGUUAGCGGUGAGACAAUGGGUUCGAGUGAAAUACCAUUAAAUAAUCCCGUGGAUGAAAGUGGUGGCGGUGAUAAAAAUUUGGAGGGAGAAUCAUCUCAAUCGAAACAUUUUCUCGGUGUUUUGCAGGAAAAUCCAACGAAAGCCUCGACAUCAAUUAUCACCAGUGCAACGAAAAUUUUAAAAGAAGGCGAACAUCAGUGGCUCAAUUGCGAGGUUGCAGAUUUUUCUUUAAGCAGUUUUUUGGGUCAACUUGAAUCGCCAAUGAAAGGAUCGCAAAGAAGUCAAACUGAAGGUCCAACAGUUGAAGACGUUCAACCGCCUUCUGACAAUUGGAUUCAGCGAUGCAAAAAAAAAAAAUCUCGACUUCAUUUUUUUUUAUGGGGAAAAAAAUGGAUUGUUUUACCUUUUUUUACACAACAAUAGAUCGUGACUGAAAUGCAAUGCUUGAUGGGAGAGAAUGGCGUUGACUACAUGAUGAAAUUUGCAAAUAUCGCAUCACAAAUGGCCUCUGACAAUCAGAAAAACAAGUAAAAAAAAAAGAAAAAACAAAAAAACUAAUCUUCCACAUAAAAAAAAAAAUUGUUAAUUUAUUAUUACAGAUAUAUAUUUUUUUAAAUAAUUUCUAAAACCAAAACUAGUACAUAAUGUACAUAAUUGUUUCUUGCACCUGAAAAUUAUAAUUAUAAUUUUUCUGUUAUAGCAUAAAAAAAAAAAUAUGCAAUUGGAGAAAAUUUUAAUAACGAAACGAAAAAAAAAAUUCUUUAUAAUUUUGUUAACAUUAGAAAUAAGAUUGAUAAAAAAUAUUUUUUAAAUAAAAUUUUUCAAUAGAAAUUGCGUGAUAGAAGGUGAGAAAAAAAAUUUUUAUUGAAAAUCAAAACGUGAGAAUAAUUAUUUAUAAUUGCUCUAUCAUACGUACAUAUGUGUAUUGUAAUUAUAUUCGCGCGCGUUCGAGAAACUGCAAUUCUGUAAAAUUAAAAAAAAAAAACUGGUCAUGGGAUAAAAUGUGAUGGCUCUGUGAUAAUUUUGUGUAUAAAGAUUCGAUUCUCGGAAAAAGAAUGAUUGAAAGAAAGAGAGAGAGAGAGAGAACAAGUUACGUAAUUAUAAAUUCAGUGAAUCAUCAUUUCGCGAAUGCGCGAUCACUCUUAGAGCAAACGAUUAAGAAUCGGAUUUCGUUGUUAUUAUAUUAUCGAAAAAAAAAAAAAUUAAAGAAAAAAAGAAAAUUAAACUUUUUCCUUGAAAUGAAUAAAAAACAUUUAAUAUAUAAAUUGCUUGCGUUUGUUCGACCUAUAAAAAUGAAUAUUUGACUAACUGUAAGUCCCUCAUUUGUUAUUUACAAAAAAAAAUAAAAUUAUUACUUGCAGGACAGAUGAUAAGAAAACAGACAUAUUAAAUACCUUGUUCAGGAUCGGAUAGUCAUUUGAAUUUGAAAUCGAAAAUUAAAUUUUAAUGUGAUUUUUAUAUUUUUAUCGGAAAUUUCUAAUGUGCGAUUUUUUUCCAAAAUUUUUUUGUCUACAUAAAAAAAUGUUGAUAAAAAUUUUAAUUUUAUAACGAAAUAACGACACGAAAAAAAAAACCAAAUCCUCUGUACAAGGUGUUUACCUCUGUACAAAUAAAUAAAUAAAUCCUUUUUUUUUGGAUUAAAAUAAAAUUGAAAAUUUUCAAAAUUCGUCGUAAUCAUAAAAAAGAGUUAAAAAAAAAUUAGCGAUGAAUA